CAUCCGCAGUGCAGCUCUGCCUGACACUUCUCAUGAGCCCCUUCGCUGGCUUGCAUCUCUCCCAAAAGUAACACAAUUAGCUCCGAAGAGUACCCGUGUGAGGGUCUUUGCUUUCUGCACUUUUGUGAAACAAAAAACCGAUCUUGAAACUGAGAGGUCUAGAAAGGCCUUUGAUUGAAUGGGUGUCUUUUGAAGAGACUCGUGGUUUUUGCCAUGCUUUUUAGCGAUGGUGUUUGGAGUUCCAUGAGUGUUUAGUCUGGAGGUGAAGUUUCUGAAGUGGGUUUCUCGGGUACUGCGUUUUGUCACAUUGGCGGUAACGCCAUGGCUGCAGCAAUUAAGCUCAGGAGCACUCCUUGCUGUGCUUCGGGUUGUGUUGCAGACACUGGGGUAGGGUUCUCUGUUAAGAAUAGCAAGGCCCAGAGUUUUCUGCAGGUGUGUGGAAGCGUUGGUGUUGGUGGUAAUUUGUGUCAUGCAUGGAGCUGCAAGGGCAGGUUCGGUAGCGGACAGACCGUGCCCUUACCCAACCAAGCAGGUGCGGAAAGACAGAAUCGGAUGAGGGGGGUAAACGUCACACAGGCAGUUUUGCGUACAAAUUCAAAAGAUGACACUCUCAUGUCUGUUGAAAUUCAAAUGGAUUCUACAACCGCGUGGGUCCUUGACCAGGAGCAUUCCUCAAACCAAUUUAGCUCGAAUUUGAGGGAAUCUACCCAGGAAAAACCCGAAGUCGAAGAACUUCCUCAAGAAAAAGCGCUUGUGGAGAUUGCUGCUGAAACGGGGAAUGUUGAAGAGGGGGCCAUGGCAGAGACAUCUGAUUCGUUUCGUGAUGGGAAGAGUUCACUUGGUGCGAAGGGAGGUAACAGUGAUGAGUUUCAGUUGGCUAGUCUCGGACCUACCAACGAUGAGAUAUUGAAGGAAGCGCUAGCUGAGGCGGUCAAAGUUUCACGUGAAAAUGGAAUUACGUUGGGGCAAAAGCUAGCGUACAAUGAAGGCGAGGUGGAGGCACAGGGUGUCGUGAUGAAGAGCGUAAAGGCUCCAGGGAGUGGACAGGCCUCGUUUGUGAGGAAAGCCUCGCCCUCUAAUGCUCAUAAACGCCGGCAGUUUUGGGAUAACCUACGAAGCUCUGUCUUCGCUAAAACUUUGCAGAAAGACGGAAUGGCGAUAAAAUCGUGGCUCCUACGUGACGAAUCUCGAAACACUGCUCCUAUGACAAGCGUGAACAACAUAUUGGCUAAUGACAUUGAUUUCAUGAAGUGGAAGUCCACUCGUGUGGGUCCAUUGUUUAGUAAGAAAGUCGGAGAGAUUGUUGCUCUGAGGAUCAUUGAAGAUGAGAAUGCUACUCCGGGAGCUCUGGGAUUCUGGCCCCAACCCUAUUACCCUGAGUUGCGAGGUAAGGAUCUUUUGAUCGCUGAUUUCAAGACGUUGGAGAGUUAUUCGAGCUACAUACAGAGUGUGCUUCAGAACUUCCAAGUACCGCUUCAAACCAACUAUGACCCUGAUCAAGUUGCAGCCUACUUCCAUCGCCGUCCACAUGUCCUCCUCUACCGUCUCCUUGAGGUUGGCGUUGCAUUUGGAUCAGUAGCGUUGGAACGAGGUGUACGGAUGUCAACUUUAAAGAAAAACAAAUUGGGUGGAAUCUCAGAGAAAGAUAACACUGAAGUCACUUUAAAGACAGCUGUGUCUUUGAAGCAAGCCUUGCUUGGUCUUGGCAGCACUUUCAUCAAAGUUGCGCAGUCACUUUCUGCCAGGCCUGACUUGAUUGGGACAGAAACUGCCAAGGUACUUGCUGAGCUUCAAGACCGUCUGCCACCGUUUCCCAAAGAUGAAGCUAUUGCCAUCAUAGAAAGGGAGUUGGGGUGUAGUGUAGCAGAGGUUUUCUCCUUCUUGUCGGAGGAACCAGUCGCCGCAGCUUCAUUUGGCCAGGUGUAUCGAGGACGCACUAAGUCUGGAGAAGAAGUGGCAGUAAAGGUUCAGCGACCUAAUCUAUUAUUCAAUGUUGCACGAGACGUCUACAUCCUUCGCAUUGGAAUGAUAAUAUUGCAGAAAGUUGCAAAGCUGAGCAACAAUUAUGCUCUUGUAGCAGACGAGAUAGCGCAGGGCUUGUACGGGGAACUUGACUAUAGACUUGAAGCUGCAAAUGGGGCAGAGUUUGCUUUGGCCCACAAGCACAUACCUUGGAUGUAUGUUCCAAAGACAUUUCCGCACAUGACGCGGCGGAAGCUCUUAGUUAUGGAGUGGUUAAAAGGCGACCGCCCGCUUGACUUGCAAUCUGUGGCCCAAGGACUGCCGUAUGUGGAUGGCACUCUUCCCAGCCAGGAAGUUCAAGAGGAAGCAAGGCGGCGUCUUUUAAACAUGGUUAAAAAAGGAACUGAGGCAGCUUUGAUUCAGCUGCUUGAGACAGGAGUAAUGCAUGCAGACCCUCACCCAGGAAACAUUUUGCUAGGUCGCGAUGGGCAGUUGCAGUUCUUAGACUUCGGUCUUAUUACUCAUAUGGAUAAAAAGCAUCAAGAUGCGAUGCUUGCUCUUAUUGUACAUUUGGUCAAUGGAGACUGGCAGGGUUUGACGGAUGAUUUGGUUGAUAUGGAUGUGGUGAAGCCAACUACGGAUCGUUUUGCAGUUCGACUGGCAUUGGAACGAGCAUUUGGAGAGGGCCCAGACGCGAUUGUUAAUAAUGGCAUACCAGACCCAAACUUCAGCUUCAACAAAGUAACUAAAAAGUUUUUCAGAAUUGCGUACAAGUUCAAGUUUCGGCUCCCUCCUUAUUAUACAUUGGUGCUCCGAUCGCUUGCUUCGUUGGAAGGCUUUAGUCUGGCCGUCGAUCCUGAGUUCAAAACUUUCGGCUCUGCGUACUCAUACGCUGUACGGCGUGUACUUCUGGACUACAGUCCAACCACCCAGCGAAUGCUAAGGUCCCUUUUCUUGACGGAAAAUCGUGCGAUUAAGUGGGAACGCAUAUCAAACCUCCUGUCUAUCUCCCAAAAAUCUGUAGCAGAUCGUGCAGUUUUGGAGGUAGUUACUAUUCCCAAAGGAAAAAAGACUGGAGCUUUGGCUGCUAUUCCGGAUACCCUGGCAGGCUUAAAUAACCCACAAUCCAGCACAAGUAACAUUGCAAGGUUAUUAUCUUCAAGACAAGGCGUCGGAAUUCGCCGAGUGAUGUACGAGGCAGAUGCCCGUGACAUAGCUUACAUGUUUGUUUCUGCUCGCGCUGCUAAGCACCGACGCAUCAUUGCAGAGCGUCUUGGGGAGGCCUUAUUCAACAUCUUAAAAAGGAAGUACACCGCUGUAAAUAUCGAGCAUGUGGUUGUGUCGCAGCCUGUGACGAUGACUGAUCGAAUCGCGAACGACAGACGCUUACAUCUGAUCUUGAAAUCUAUGGUGGAGCGAUUACGACCCCAUCCCAUCUUAUUGGCCAGAGCUGGUUGGACUUCCAUUUUCAUCGCAUUGUGGGCUGCGGCUCUUGCUCUCCAUGACUUUGCAAUCCAUGUUAGCUUCAAGGUUCUUGAAAAGGCCCAUUCAACUCACGAACACAAUCCCAAUAUCAGAACCCAAUCAGAGCUGGCGAAUUGUGACCUUUGGUAAAAACCCGUUGAAGAAUUGGAUUACAUUCAGAGCAACGCCGACUCUCACACAUACAGGCACAUGUUUGUAUAUAUAUAUAUAUAUGUAUAUAUGCGCUGAAUCAGUCGGCAAGCCAGCAAAUUGGGUGCGGCGUCCUAAUCACAAGAGCAGCUCUCGAUCCAGAUCGAAGAUGCUCCAAAGAGGUUAGUUUCCAUUUAUAGUAGGGAGACUCAUGUCACCUGGAAUAAUCCAGGCAGGAAGCCUUAAAGGUUGUGCUAAUUUUUGUCCUACAAACAGCCGUGCCUUGUGUUUUUCUUUGGUAUCCUCUCUUUCUGUUGCACAAUUAGCGCCUGCAAGACCCGUUUCUGUAGCUGUAUAUUUAGCCUGUAAAUAAUCUGAAAUUUUUCGUUCCACUGGUUUAUAUAUGUACGUCUGUGCGAGAGUACAAAAAGGGAAAAUUGUAGUGUUUUUUUUAUCACAUUGUGCGAUCUGUAACAAUGGAUUGCUCAAGAUAUUCUGGUACAGUUUGAAAAUCAAAGGAUUCAUGAAUUUAUAUCAUUAUUUUAUUAUUAAAUGAAAAUUACUAUUUUUCUUAUUAA